AUGGCAGCAAUCAAAUCUCUUCGUGAAAGAACAAACGCGCCCAUUUCUGACGUCAAAUCCGCGCUUAUGGAGGCUGAGUGGGACUUAGAGGGAGCAUAUAAAGCUCUCAGGAAGAAAGGGGUCGCAGCUGCUAGCAAAAAGGCCUCAAGACAUGCGGCUGAAGGGCUCAUUGCCAUCGCGCAUGAGUCAGGAAGUGCAGCCUUAGUUGAGGUGAAUAGCGAGACAGACUUUGCUACAAAGACAGAGCAAUUCAGGAACAUGGUGUCCACGGUUGCUUCAGCUGCCCUGACGGCUGAGGCUUCAGAUAGUGGCAGGAUUGACAGCAGGACUCUGGGUGCCAGUUCAGCCAGCGGAGUCAGGUAUGGGUGCUCUUGCGAAUACAGCAAGCUUUGGACGGCUUUAGGGGACCAUUUCCAUGACGAUGCCAUCUCAGAGUGUGCUGGGAGUGUCCGGGAGAACAUCCAGCUUCGACGAGCACACAGGCUGACAUGCCCAUCUGGCGUGAUUGCCUCCUACCUGCAUGCCAGCCCCUCGCCUGGGCUUGGCAAGAUGGGAGCGCUGGUGGCACUGAUAGACAAGCAAGGGAAGCUUGAAGGUGCAGCGGCAGACAAGGCACAUGUCGGCUCAAAGAUAGCCAUGCACAUUGUGGCGGCGCGGCCACUGAGCCUUGACAGGCACAGCCUGCCUCCAGAAGCACUUGAAGCUGAGAAGGCUCUGCUCACGGAGCAAGCUCGAAAGAGCGGCAAGCCAGCAAACAUUGUAGAGAGGAUGGUGGCUGGCCGGAUGCACAAGUUCUAUGAGGACAGCUGCCUGCUGGAUCAGAAGUAUGUCUUGGAUGAGACGCGGAAGAUUGGCCAGGUGGUGUCUGACACCGGCAAGGCCAUAGGGGCAGAUCUGCACAUUCAGGAGUUUGUUCGCUUCCAGUGUGGCGAGGGGCUGGAAAAGGAGCAGAACAACUUCGCAGAUGAUGUGUCACAGGCGCUGCAACAGACUGCCUGA